CUGGAUUUGCUCUCUUGCCUUUUAUGUGGGCUGUGAAUGCUAUAUGGUUCCUGAAGGAGGCAUUUUGGGCAACACCUUAUCCUGAGCAGAAGCAGAUUCGAAAAUAUGUCAUAGUCUCUGGUAUUGGGGCCAUUGUGUGGCUCGUUGGAUUAAUAUCUUGGGUGAUAAUUUUCCAACAGAACCGCAGUAAUUGGGGUGCAACAGCUGAUUACCUUUCUUUCAUUAUUCCUAAGGGUAUACCCUAGUCUUAGGACAGCUAUAUGUAAGAAAAAUUGAUGUUCAUUGAUGUAUUUGUCGACUACCAUAAUUUUUAGAAUAUUUUAAACCAGGAAUUACUGUUAAUGGUGAUAUAUGAUAUUAAUAUCAGAUCAUAAGCUUUAUGUCAACAUAUUGUUAGGAUGUCUGGCAAAGGUUCAUAAAACUGGGUUAUUUAGUUUACAUAUGAUUUGAAUUUGUACACAAAACACAAGCUUUGCAUUCGUAUUAGUGAACAUUUUGUAAUGAUGGCAGUUGGUUAAAUGGACGCAUGUACAAGGCUGUGUAUUUGCCUUGUCUCAGAACUACUUUGACUAAUCCAUUUUUGAAUGAUGUAUUUUAAUUUAUUGUUGAUUGUAUCCUUUGCACCAGAAAGUCAUGUAACAGAUUAUAUUACUUACCUUUUUCUAAGUAUAACAUAACAUAAGGUGAAAUAAGUUAGUGAAAGAGGCUUUAUUAUUUGUAAGUAAAUCUUUGUUGUAUAUGUGACUAACUAGAAGUACUUUGCUUUUUGUUAUUCAUGGUGUGGACAUUGUCAAAGGCAUAUGAUAGUCUCCAUCAUCAUCACAUUCCUAUUCAUCAAUGCAGAAAGAAAUGUGCUACUUUUGUAAAUCUUUCAUGAAUAGUUUUGGAAAUUUAAGUAAACUUACUAGGCCAGAUCUUGCAUAUUCCAUGAUUUUAAAUAAAAGUUAAUACCAAA